AUGUACCCAAAAAACAAGCCACUUCCUCCGGAGGCUGCGAGCAGGGCAGCCUGUUUGAGCAUCAAGAAGGAAAAUGAGAAGGCCAAACAGGCAGCAUCAGGAAUUGGUGUCUCCGGUUCAUCUGCGACUUCUGGGCGUAAGGGACAAAGUGAGGAAAACAGCACUGCCGCAUCAUCGCCGCACCAUUCACCACGAUGCAGCGGGCUGCCAAAACAGAACUCAAGAAAUUCACCGAAAUUACCUAUGCCGCCAUCGUACCUUGACAGUUUGAAGGGAAGUCCCUUAUAUGAGAGCAACUUUAUCAAUGACGGAAUGUUUAACGGAGGAGCAAAUACGGUCUCUCAGGGGAAUGGUGUGUUUAACUCCAAUAAAAACCAUAUGUUUUUGCCUAACUCCAUCCUGCCACCACCCUAUGAAAUUUCCUCAGCAGGUUCAAAUGGAGUGGUGGAUGGAAAAUCUUAUGACUACUACUGUGGCAGAGGUGCUUUUCCGCCAGCGCCAAUGAUGAUGCCGCCAACAUCCCAUCACGUCCCUGCACCUGGAAUGUCUGCCGAGGGAGCAUAUUUUGAGGGACACCAAAUGCAUGGUUUUGCGGCGCCACCAAUGCAUUCUAUUCCACCUCCACCUUUGCCACAAUCACAGCCCCCUAUUCCGUGGUCGAUGCAAGAGAAGAAGAACCCUAAUCCAAAUGUGUCACUGGGUAUGUCAAUGGAGCCACCUUGUUACAAUGCGCCCAAUGGUAGGGGUAUGCACGGUCAGGCAUCUUAUUACUAUGCCCCGAACAAUCAAAAUGGCACACAAGGAAAAUAUCGUCGGAACAACCUUCAUUCCUCUAAUUCUUCCAGGGAGAAGGGUGGAAAUAUGCGAACAACUGAAGAUAGUCAAGGCGAACGGGGGAGUGAGAGAAGUGACGCGAGGCAAAAAGCAAUUGACGAUCUCCAUACCCGUCAGCUUAGCAUGGAGAGCAAUUUUUCGACUCAGGUACAAGAAAAACAUGCUGAGGGACGUCAACAGCAGGAUUUAUCGUUAGCCUUAUGGAGAGAAAAUAGGAGUCAUUCUUGUUUGCAACAUCGUCAAUGUGUCAGUCUUCUUGUGCAAGUGAUCGUAGUAUUGUUAGAGCGUAUCACUGAAGCUAGAUCUGCACUUCGUGGCAGCAAAGCCGUCAGUGGCGAUGAAGUUGUCAGCAACUCUGUCAGUUCUUCAGACACCAGGGAAGUUACCGUGUCUGCGGAGGUACAGCAGGAAGAAGACUUAUUGACAUUGAAAGAGCAACUGAAUGAACUGCAAGAUGUCCUUAGUAACCUACAGGAAGAAGGGGUCGGAAUGGAGCCGAAUCGCCGUCGGCUACUAGAUGGCAUUAUGGCUUUCCCCCAGUUGCUUCCGCUUUCAACGGCAUGGUUCAACAAUCUGGAGGAGUCGACAUCGUCCUCAUCUGAUGGCAAACCCCUCACCGAAGAGAAAUUCACCAUUUCCCGUGAGGUGGCUUCUGAAGUGAAAGCCCUCAUGAAAGCAUUGGAUUUUGAAACAACUCGACCAAUCACUUUGAGUCUUGUAGCGCCUUCUUUUUUCUCGCUUAACGCGUCGCCCCAUGCUACGGCCCUGAAAAAGAACACUACACCCUCUACCAGUGAUUAA